ACGGCAGUACUGUGCCUUGAUGUGACGUUAUUUCCACGGUGCACACGUACUACAACUUGUUGUCGAAGGCAUCCGAGUCGACGGUCUAUCAGAUAGGUUGCAAUGCCCAGUGAUCUCGACAGACAAAUAGACCAGCUCACACGAUGUGAACCCAUAUCCGAGGAACAGGUCAAACGGCUUUGCUUCAAGGCCCGUGAGAUCCUAAUAGAAGAAGCAAAUGUUCAAGCCGUGGACUCUCCUGUGACGAUCUGCGGCGAUAUCCAUGGGCAGUUCUUUGAUCUCAUGGAAUUAUUUAAGGUAGGCGGGUUUUGCCCGGAGACGAACUAUCUUUUCAUGGGUGAUUUCGUGGAUCGUGGCUUCUACAGUGUCGAAACGUUUCUGCUCCUCCUGGCACUCAAAGUCCGCUAUCCAGAGCGAAUCACAUUGAUCCGGGGCAACCACGAGUCACGGCAGAUCACACAGGUGUAUGGGUUCUAUGACGAAUGUCAGAGAAAAUAUGGCAGCACCAACGUGUGGAGAUGGUGUUGUGAGGUGUUUGACUAUCUUGCGUUAGGCGCGAUCGUGGACGGUAGAGUUUUUUGUGUCCAUGGCGGACUCAGCCCAAACCUGCAGGCUAUUGAUCAGAUACGCGCUAUUGAUCGAAAACAGGAAGUUCCCCAUGAUGGUCCCAUGUGUGACCUCCUUUGGUCCGAUCCAGACGAUAUAACUGGAUGGGGCCUAUCUCCGCGGGGCGCUGGUUUUCUUUUCGGCGCCGAUAUUACCAAAACCUUUGCACACCAUAACUCUAUUGACCUCAUCGCCCGGGCCCAUCAGUUGGCCAUGGAAGGAUAUAAGCUCAUGUUUGACAACAUGAUAGUGACUGUGUGGAGCGCACCAAAUUACUGUUAUCGGUGUGGUAAUAUAGCUUCGAUUCUCGAGCUAGAUGAACGCCUUGCUCAAGAAUACAAAGUUUUUCAACAUGCGCCCUCGGACGUACGCUCCAUCCCAGCAAAACGACCUCCUGCGGACUACUUCCUUUGAAUGGGAAUUUUUACCUUUCUGAUUAGAAGGUUGCUCUCUUGACAACAACUGCCUGCCUGUCUGCCGCGUGUCUUGGACAUGCCAUAAACGCGACUUUCUCAUCAAACGGUACAUUUAAACUACUGUCCGUUGCUUCUAGGGACCGUGUGGGCGUAGCGUGGUUGGCAGGAGGCGCAACGAUGGAAGUCGACGGGGUGCCUGGCUUUAUCGCAAUUCCCUGUGGAUCCUCGUCGAUCUUUGUUGGCCAGUUAGAGACGCCCAGAACAGAAACAUGACGUACAGCGCCCAC